GACAUGCGCAAACGUUAAGCGAUGAGCAAAGAAGAGUGGACCAGCAAGGGGAGAUUUGUGUCGCGUUUUAUCUAUUAUCUUGGAUCGGCGUGAAUCGCCAUAUAUUUAUCUCGAAAAACAACCAGUCGACAAGGGUCGAUGUUAAAAUUUCGUUUUUAAAAAUUAAAUAAACCGAACAGCGUUUAUAAAUAUUUCUUUUUGUUCGUUUGUUAGCGUCAAUUGUUUUCGUACAUGGCUUCAGUCGAGGAAGUGGAUCAAUUAGAUAGCGGCAUGGGUAGUAGCGAUGCACGUUCUCCCGAAGUAAAAUCACUUCUUCCCGAUGAUGAAGAUGACGAAGAGGAUGAAAGCGUGGCGGAACGACUGUUGGGUCUUACAGAAAUGUUUCCAGAAGAAGUACGUAAUUUUGGAUAUAACGUUGGUACUUGUUUGUGCAAUUGCAUGAAAGGAUUGUAUGCAUUUUCCUGUUCAGCAGCAUGGUUGUUCUUCAGUUCGUCAGCUAUUUUAUUUGCACCAAUAUUGUUUGAAAUAGAACGGGUGCAACUAGAAGAAGCACUACGCACCCAACAAAAACAAGUUUUGUUAGGACCUAGCAAAGCUAUGUCAAACGUCAACGCUUCGAGUCUUCCAAUGGCUCCACCAGUUCAGCGAUAAUAACAAUAUUAAAGCUGCAUUUCAAUAACUAUGAGUGAACCAUCCCUGUUCACGAUUUAUAUUUAUUAGCAUAAUUCCACCGUGUUGUAAUCUUUCAUCAAUUCUUGUAUACAUAUGUAGGCUAUUAAAUGUCAUGUGUUAGAAAACCGAAAUGAAAUGCAAAAUUCAAGCAGACUUAGGUUUCAAGAAAUAACUGUUAUACCACACGUUGAAGUGUUAAUUCAUUUAUGGGAAUUAUUAUUUUAUUCGUUGCGGAAUAGUAGUGAAACGUUUUAGUACUUGAAUACAUAUCAUUUGCUCUCACUAAACAUAAAAUCCUUUUGUUGUGUUUGUAAUAAUGUGCAAAAAGCAGUAUAUUAUUGUAAUAUACCAAAUUGAAUUGAUAUUUAAUUUGUAAUUAUUGUCCAUUCCUUGGUAUUUUAUACAGACACAGUCCAUAGAAAGAUAUGUAAAAGAGUGAUAUAAAUUAGCUACGGGAACGACUCUAUGAAAGGAUGCAAAACCAUUGACAAUUACAUUAUUUCUAUAGCAUUUAGUUGGGCUUCUUUAAGACAUGGUCAUUUGGUUUCAUAGGCUGCCUUGGGCAUGAUGGUCAUUCUGGUGUCAUGUGCGAUUUCUACCUUUUGACAUAAGAAAAAAAACAAAUCAACUAUAUAACACGCGGACGAAAUUAACAGUUAAUGAUUAUACAUGUAUACCAAAUUAAAACAUUGCUCUAAUAAUAAAUAACA